GAGUUCGAUCCGUACUCCACAAUCAUAUCCCUUCUUCCCUCGCUUCCCUCUCGUCAUUGCAGCCUGCACCGCGCGGGUUCUGCUUCCGAUCAAACCCUAAUCCAGAGCAGCCGAUCCCGAAAUCCAGAGAGGGGGAGAGAGAGAGAGAGGGAGGGAGACGGAGUAGCGCCGCCGAAUCCGCGCUUGCUCGGAGACGAAACCCUAGACCUUCUCAGGCUUCCAUGGCGCACCGGUUGCUGAGGGAUGCGGAGGCCGACGGAUGGGAACGCUCCGAUUUCCCCAUCAUCUGCGAGUCCUGCCUCGGCGACAACCCUUACGUUCGCAUGACAAAGGCACAGUACGAUAAGGAGUGCAAAAUCUGCCAGCGUCCAUUUACUGUUUUCAGGUGGAGACCAGGUCGCGAUGCAAGAUACAAGAAAACUGAGAUUUGCCAGACUUGCUGUAAGUUGAAAAAUGUCUGUCAAGUCUGCCUUUUGGAUCUUGAAUAUGGGUUGCCAGUUCAGGUUCGAGAUACUGCUUUAUCCAUUAGCUCACAUGACGCCAUUCCCAAGAGUGAUGUUAAUAGGGAGUACUUUGCAGAGGAGCACGAUCGAAAGACUAGGGCUGGAUUGGAUUAUGAAUCCUCAUAUGGUAAGGUUCGGCCUAAUGAUACUAUUCUGAAACUUCAAAGAACAACGCCGUAUUACAAAAGAAACAGAGCACAUGUUUGCAGCUUCUACAUUAGGGGGGAGUGUACCAGAGGUGCUGAAUGUCCAUAUAGGCAUGAAAUGCCAGUAACUGGGGAGUUGUCUCAGCAAAAUAUAAAAGAUCGUUACUAUGGAGUAAACGAUCCAGUGGCUCUAAAGUUGCUCAACAAGGCUGGGGAGAUGCCCUCAUUGGAGCCCCCUGACGAUGAGAGCAUCAGAACACUGUACGUGGGUGGCCUCGAUGCAAGGGUAUCCGAGCAGGAUUUGAAGGAUAAUUUCUAUGCUCACGGUGAAAUUGAAUCUAUUAGGAUGGUGCUACAACGAGCAUGCGCUUUUGUGACAUAUACAACCAGGGAAGGUGCAGAAAAAGCUGCAGAGGAGCUCUCUAAUAAACUGGUGAUAAAGGGGUUAAGGCUGAAGCUGAUGUGGGGUAGACCUCAAGCCCCAAAACCAGAAACUGAAGGUUCGGAAGUUGCACGGCAGCAGGCAGCCGUCACUCAUAGUGGGCUGCUACCAAGGGCAGUUAUAUCUCAGCAACAGAGCCAAAUGCAAGUGCCUGGUUCUCAAGACCAGGGCCCUGCAAUGCACUACUACAACAUGCUACCGCCUCCUCAGCCGGAGAGAACCUUCUAUCCCUCCAUGGACCCCCAAAGGAUGGGUGCGAUUGUUCCUGCCCAGGAUGGGUCUUCCAGUGGGCCCUCAGGGUCCAGUGAGAACAGGCCACCUUCGGAGCAGCAGCAACAGGGGCAGCAUUAUGCUUACCCCGCAGUGGCCCCACCUCAUGGGCAAUAUUAUUCCCAUUAUUACCCUCCUUAUGGUUAUAUGAUGCCCCCGCCUCCUUAUCAACAGUACCAACCGCCGAACCAAUCGACGGUGCCUCCGCCGCAUCCCUCUCCGGCAACUCAGCAGUAUCAGCAGCAUCCUGUGCAAUCUGGAUCGGCACCCUCGAGUUCAGCACCUGUUCCACCACCAGCACCGCCAUCUUCGGGGUCUACACCUGGGGGUUCUGCUCCACCAGCGUCUUCUUAGUAAUUUACUGUUGAUUUUCGGCUGGAAUUGUAUAACAUGCUUUUCAUUUCUCCUCUGCUAAGUUAUGGUUGACAGUCGUUUUGGUUGUAAGGCCUUUUGCAAUCUGGUCCUUAGAAGGCUAAUAAUUGUAAUGCGCCUAAUUCUUGAGCUUUUCGAUUAUAAAGACCGGUUCAUUUUGUGACUUA